GUCGUCGCUCAGGGUGAGUCCGGCCAGCGGGGCUCAGCUGUGGAUUUAUUUCUGUGACAGCAGCGGGGGAAGUCCUCCGCGGUGUAAACAGCGAAACUGUUCGCGUGGCCGUGGGGUCUGAGUCGCGUUUCCUCCUGAGUGGACCGGCAGCUGCGUGGGUCUUUGUUCCGCUACCUGUACAGCUGAGUCCAGGCUUCCACAUGGUGGCGCUGCAGCGCCCCCUUCUGGCUGCGGCCUGUCUGUUCCUGUGCUGCGGGGUCCUGUCCAGUCCGGACCCCCGGCUGAGGGAGGCUCUCAUCCAGCUGGAGGCCUCCAUGCAGACGGGCGGGCGGAUGGUGCUGACGGAGGCUGAGCAGCGGCUGGACGCGCUGCUCUUUGAAAUGAAGCAGGAGGCCGUAUCUGCAGCCAUCUUUCCUCCAGCCAUGCACUUCUUCAGGGCCAAGCGCCUCAUCCAGACCAGCCCCAUUUUCAAACUGCUGCAGAAGAUGCCCAAAGGGGGCGCUCUUCAUGUCCACGACUUCUCCAUGGUGGACGUGGAUUGGCUGGUGAAGAACGUGACGUAUCGACCGAACUGCUACAUGUGCAGCACAGACGACCCGUCCGUCAGGUUCAUCUUCUCGGCUCAGUGGCCCAAACCUCUGGCCCGCUGCUCCCCCUGGGUUCUGCUGGAGAACCUUCGCACUAAACUGGUCAACACAACGGACCUGGACAACAGCAUCAGGACCAACCUGACGCUUUUCACGGACGAGGACCCGGAGGCGGCGUUCCCCAGCCAGGCGGCGGUGUGGGGCCGCUUCGAGCAGGCCUUCCUGGCCGUGUGGGGCCUGGUCACCUACGCCCCCGUGUUCAGGGACUACUACUACCAGGGCCUGAGCCAGUUCCACGCCGACAACGUCAUGUACCUGGAACUGCGGGCUCUGCUCCCCCAGGUGUACGAGCUGGAUGGCAGCAGCCACGACAGAGCAUGGACCCUGAAGACCUACCAGGACGUCACCGAGCGCUUCGUGUCGACGCACCCGGACUUCUUCGGAGCGAGAAUCAUCGUGACGAACCAAAGGCGAGCCACUAGAUCGGCCGUAGCUGCGGCGGUGGAGGAGGCGAUGCAGCUGAAGAAGGACUUCCCUGACUUCAUGGCCGGCUUCGACCUGGUGGGUCAGGAGGACCGAGGCAGACCGCUGUGGUACUUCAGGGAUGCCCUGUCCCUGCCUGCAGAGAAAGGCGUGGCGCUCCCGUACUUUUUCCACGCUGGGGAGACCGAUCUGGAAGGGACUGACGUGGAUCAGAACGUUUUAGACGCUCUGCUCCUGAACACGUCGCGUAUCGGCCAUGGAUUCUCGCUGGUUCGCCAUCCGGUGGCCAAAGAUCUGUCCAGGAAGAGAGGCGUGGCUGUGGAGGUGUGCCCCAUCUCCAACCAGGUGCUGAAGCUCGUUAAAGAUCUGAGGAACCACCCGGCUGCUGCCCUGAUGUUGGAGAACCACCCGGUGGUCGUCAGCUCGGACGAUCCCGCCAUGUUUGGGGCGUCUGGCCUCUCCUACGACUUCUACGAAGCCUUCGUGGGCUUCGGCGGCAUCAAGUCCCACCUGGGCUCCCUCAAGCAGCUGGCCAUGAACUCGCUCAGGUACAGCGCUUUGCCUCCGCAGCAGCAGGAGGAGGCGCUGGUUCUGUGGCAGAGAAGAUGGAACCAGUUUGUGACGGAAAACGAUCCAAAUGGAACUUUUUUCCGACAUUAAAACACGUUUGCAUUUAUUUUAACCGUCCCUCUAAAACCCAGGUUGGCGUAAAUGAAGCUGGCUCUGUUUACGUUUUGCUUCAUAUUUGAUCUGUGAAAUUCACUACUUAGCCAAAAGUAUUCACUCCCCCACCCUACUAAUGGAGAUCAGCUCCUCCACGGCCACAGGGACCAUCCAGGCCUGCAGACUUUCUGCAGACAUGUGGGAAGGAGCGGGUCGCUCUCAGCAGCUCAGAGAACCUCCUGGACCGCCUGGCCAGAAGAUCUGAAGCUGAUGAAGCUGCAGAGUUUGGAAGAACGUCAGAUUAAACCCUGUGGAUCAGGAAUGGGAGCUCACUGAAGUUUAGACCAGAGUCAAGGCAGGGGAGGGAAUACUUUUGGCAGUAUAGGGUGUAUGUAGUUUUUUUUUCUUCCUCUUAAUGUGAAAAAAGUGAUUUUCUCUCAGAAAACAUCAGAGCGUUGUUCAUCAGAGGGGUUAAAUUGUUUGAAUAAUUUUAUUACAUUUUGUGUUAAACGGAACAGAAACAUGAAUCCUGGAGAACAGCUGCUGAGCCACAUGGGUUCUGCACCUCAGACCAGGACCAACAUUCAUGUGAUUUUAUUUUUGUUCAUGCACACUUUAUUGCUCUGGGAGACGUUGAAAGCUGUUGUUGUAGAACCUGACCCAUCUAUAAACUGGACCAGAACCUCCUCCCUGACCCGUCCCUGGUCUCCAUGAUACCGGAUGUUCUCUACACUGCAAAAAGGCAACUAAAAGUAAGUCAACUUUUCUUGAAAUUUGUGUUUUUGUCCUUUGAUUUGAGCAAUUAAAGAUUAUCUGCCAAUGGAAUUAGUAUUUUUAUUCCUAAAUUAACAUAACUAGAUAUAUUCACUUGAAAUAAAAUGACGGAGAUGAGUCGUUCCUAUUUUAAGUGUAAAAAUCUUAUUCCUUUGGCAGAUCAUCUUAUUUAUCUGCUCAAAUACAGUAAUUUCAAGAAAAUUUGACUUACUUUUAGUUCUCUUUUUGCAGUGUAAAUAACCUGUGAGUUAGAACCGGGUUAAAUUGACCCUAGUGAGGUGACUGGUAAAGGCUGGUUGCUUGGACUACAUUUUAUUUCAAGGUUUCUGGGGAAUGGAAGCAGAAAGGCUUUGAAUAAUCCAGCGGAGCAGUUUACCUGGUUAGUAGAUCAGCAGAGUGACCGCUGAGCGGAUUAAUGUCCAAUCAGAGAUCCUGGUCUCAUAUCUGGUCAUAAUUAAUGCUGAGGAAUCAGAUGGUGGUUCAGCUUUGUGGUGUUUUUUUUUUUUUUCAUUUAUGGAUGAAUUUUACGAGUUAGAUGUAGUUUUAUUUGACUGGAUUGUAAAAACAUGAAAGGUGUGAAAAAUCUGCAAAAACAUGAUGAAAUGUCUCCUGGACUGCAGACGGGUUUUUAAAUGUUGAGUCGGAAUAGAAGUCAGACAGAA